ACACAACCUUGAAAUGACGUAACCAAACAUGUCAAUUUUUACAUUUUUAAAAACGAAAUUAUGAGUAUUAAAAAUCACAAAAAUAAUGAAACUUGGAACGUCAAAGAAUUAGGAAACUGAUAAUGUCUUCUGCAAACCAACUCGAACAUUAAUUCAAGACAAGACGUACAUUAAAACACCAAAAAAAUGAUUUUUAAAACGUGACUAUAAAACAUGAGUGAUGCAAUUUCAGAUACUAAUCUUAUUCAAUUUUCCAUGUAUAUAAAGACACUAUAUACAUUACAAAAAUACUACACCUGAAAGUGAAGAGAAGAUGAUGGCGAUGGUCGAAACACCACCGCCCGAUUUCAUCAAGACGAUAGAAUGGGAUAUGAUGGACAAAACCAAAUUUUUUCCGUUAUCAAUGCUUAGUUCGUUUAGUAUACGAUGUGCUUUAUAUCCACUUACCUUGAUCAAAACUCGGUUACAGAUUCAAAAGCAGAAUGUCUUAUAUCGAGGAAUGAUUGAUGCGUACAUCAAAAUUUUUCGAAAGGAGGGUUUCUCGGGGCUUUAUAAAGGCUUUUGGGUGUCAUCCGUACAGAUAGUUAGUGGGGUCUUCUAUAUCUCGACGUACGAAGGAGUUCGGUAUUCGUUGGCUCAAAAAAACAUAGAUUCAAGAUUUAGGUCUCUAAUGGCCGGUGGUGUGGCUUCUGCUGUUAGUCAGACGAUUAUUGUACCAUUUGAUGUAGUCAGCCAGCACUUAAUGAUGUUGGGUGCUUUGGAUUCCAAGGAGGCAUUUUAUAUAAAGGAAGACAUUAUGAGGAAAGGCAAAUUUGCCGUAACAUCAGAAAUAGUUAGACAAAUUUUUCGUUGCGACGGUAUUGCCGGAUUUUACAGAGGUUACACUGCAAGUUUAUGUGCAUAUGUGCCCAAUUCGGCACUAUGGUGGGCAUUUUACCAUUUUUAUCAAGAUCAAUUGCACGUUAUUCUUCCUUCUUGGAUCUCACAUCUUCUAAUACAGACCGUGUCUGGGACGUUAGGAGGUUUCUCCACAACUAUAAUAACAAACCCUCUAGAUGUAGUUAGGGCGCGGUUACAAGUUCAAAGACUCGAAUCAAUUAGUGGCGCAUUUAAGGAUUUAUGGCACGAAGAAGGUUUGAAAAUGUUUUCGAAGGGAUUAAGUGCUCGUUUAGUUCAAUCUGCAACUUUUAGCUUUAGUAUUAUAUUAGGAUAUGAAACCAUUAAACGAAUUUCAGUUAAUGAAGAAUAUAAACAAUUUAUACGUUGGUGAUUCUAGGCAUUUUUGUUUUACGAACUUUACAUAUAUCUUGGUAAUUUAUUACUUGGUCUAUUAUUUAUGUGUUUAGUUAAGUUUUUUGUGCCAUCCAGUUGAUGGACUUCAGAUUUUGUUUGAAAAACAUAAGAUUGUGAUAAUUCAAGUUUAUACUGUUAAAAAUUGCUAAUUUUAUACAGGACAAUAUAACUGGAUAGUAAAAAGAACAAUUAUUUUAAAACAGAAACAUUAUUUAAACACUCAAAGUGUUGUAAAAGUGACAGCUUCACAAAAUGUUAAAAUGAAAUUGUUAAUAAAAUAAUGAACAAUGUUUUUUA